GGUUUUUGGCGGCGGUGCUGCGCUGCUGCUGCUGCAGAGACGCGCGCGGCGCCGUGGCGGAGGGACCGAUGGCCGCCUACAGCCUCCCGCCCUCCGCCAUGCAGCAGCAGCAGCAGCAGCAGCACGAGCCACCGUACCGGCACGCGCACGGCCUGCUGCUGCACGGCGACUACGGCGGAGUUGGCGGCGGCGGUGUUGGCGGGCACGCGCUCAGCCACGCGCACCAGUGGCUCACGGCGGCGCUGGCGGCGCACGGGGACGCGUGGUCGAGCGGAGAGCGCGAGGUCAAACCCGCGGUGCAGAGCGCGCGGGAGGAGAACGGCAACAGCAACGGCAGCACGGGCAACAGCAACAACGCAGGCGGCAACGCAGGCGGCAACCUGCAGCAGCAGCUGGGGCAUCACGCGCACCACAACAACGGCAGCAGCAACCACGACGGGAGCGCGUGGAGGACGAGCGCCAACGGGCACGAUCUCGUGUACUCGCAGUCCGGGUUCGGCAUGCACCACCAGCACGAGCACCAGCAGCAGCAGCAGCAGCACGAGCAGCACCAUCACCACCAGCACGAGGACCAUCAGCACGCGCACCACGCGCUCCAGCAGCACCAACAGCAUCAGCUCGAGCCAACGAGCGGCAGCGGCGGCGUCUCGGACGAGGACGUGCCCACGUCAGAUGACUUGGAGCAGUUCGCGCGCCAGUUCAAGCAGCGCCGCAUCAAGCUGGGCUUCACGCAGGCGGACGUGGGGCUCGCGCUGGGCACGCUCUACGGCAACGUGUUCUCGCAGACCACCAUCUGCCGCUUCGAGGCGCUGCAGCUCAGCUUCAAGAACAUGUGCAAGCUCAAGCCGCUGCUGGGUAAGUGGCUCGAGGAGGCGGACUGCGGCGCGAGCGGCCCCGCGGGGCUCGACAAGCUCGCGGCGCACGGGCGCAAGCGCAAGAAGCGCACGAGCAUCGAGGUAAGCGUCAAAGGCGCGCUCGAGAGCCACUUCCUCAAAUGCCCCAAACCCGCAGCGGCGGAGAUCACGAGCCUGGCGGACAGCCUGCGGCUCGAGAAGGAGGUGGUGCGCGUGUGGUUCUGCAACCGCAGGCAGAAGGAGAAGCGCAUGACCCCGCCCGUGGGGGGGCAGUGAGUAAACAAACAAACAAACGGGCGAAACCAGAGAGAAUAAACUCUGAUGGAUUAAACAAAAGCAGCAGCAGCGGUGGAGAGGGUUCAGAGCUCGCUCGCGCGCGCACGCGGGGCCGCGUUGGGAGAGCGCGCGGCGCGGCUCAGUGCGAAGGACAGAGCGCGUGGAGUAAAAAACGAAAAAAAGGUGCGUUAACCGGAAACAGAGGAGCCCUGCUGCUGCACGCGCGGGGGUUACAGCAGCACAGGACUGCAUUAUUGUUAUUAUUAUUAUUAUUAUUAUUAUUAUUAUUAUUAUUAUUAUUUUAUUCUGGUGUGAGUGUGUAAUCCUCACUGAGUUCCCACUGCAGCUUCUUAUUUUAACCCCCCCCCCCCAAAACAGAACAAAAUUUAAUUCUAUUUAAUUCUAUUAGUCAGUAUUAAUGAGGAGAGAGCGCGAGCUUUAAUAAGAACAAAAACACGAUCUAAAGCAUUUUAAUCAUCAUCACCUUAAACACCAGAGUCACUUAUUAUCACUCAGUUCGGUAGGAGGGGUCGUUUUAUUUGAUUUUAAUUUUAUUUUGUUCAUUUUUAUCGCAGUCUUUAAUAAUCACGUAUUUUUUUUAUUUAAAAAUGUUUUCAGUCUUUAUUCUUAUUUCCUUAAUCAUCUUUGCGACCCUUGUUUUUGUAGCUGUGCACUAAAACCCCAACUAUCAACACUAUUUACACUGCAGCGAUUAUAUAUAAUUAUAUCAUACAUCUCUGCUUUAAGAUCCUUUAAAACUCAGUGCUGCAGAACAGUCACACUCAGAUCUCUGUAUUUAUAUUUAUGAAAGCAUAUCAAACGAAAUUACUAACAUUAUUAUUAUUAUUAUUAUUUGUCCAGUUAACUCAGCUUUCAGAGAUGUUUCAUAUGUAGUGAGCGUGAAGGAUGGAGAGAUUUUAUUAUUUGAUUUUUUUUAGCUGCAGGUCUCUUUCUCUUCAGGACUCCAGUGUGUAUAUUACCACUAUAAAGCUUUGAAAGAUUAUUUUACUUUUUUAUAUAUUUUUUUCCCACACAAGCCCAGGGCAUUUGGUCCCUGUCCUUUUGAGAGCAGAAGAAAUGGACAUCAUUUGACGUAAACAUGUUUUUUGCUGUUGUAGCUUUAAGUCCCCCCUGUCCUGUGGAUGGAUUUAUUGUUUUAUUUGAUUUCCUGUCAUUAUCAGCCUUUGGUCUGGAUGGGUUUGUGUAAUAAAAUCUCAGAGGUUGGGA